AUGGCGCCUCCGAAUGGGCACCUGCUGCUCCCCAAGAUAUGGAGAGCAGCUAGGUUCGCCUAUGAGAAGGCAUCCAGGGCCAUAAGAGCCAAACUACCGGAACCUACGCAACAAGCUUCACUGCGAUACCAACCUGCAUAUGCGCGAAUCAACUCUCGCCAGCCGAUUAAUCGCGUCGCGGCCAUCCGCCAGUCCCGCAGCCGGUACUUCUCGACCCGCGCUGCCAAUGCCUUCGUCUCGGCCGUCCGUGGAGCACAGGCUGAUGUUGGUGCUUACAAGACCUCUCGUGUCGCUUCCAACAUUAGUCGGCUGACAAGCCGCGCUCCGUUCGCAUCCACACUUCGUCCUAACCUCACCGGCGGAACACUCAGUCGUACUGCGGGUGGAUAUGCUAUUGGAGCUGGUCGUUUCGGCGGUGCUCGGUAUUUCUCCCAUGGCCCUGCGGCUCCGGCCCAGGUGAUCCAGAAUGUCUCCCAGGGAGUUCGUGCUUUUUUCCUCUCGGGACAGAAAGUCCGCUUUGACGGUAUUGAUCAUCGCACUGGCGAGAAGCGGUACAAGGCUGUCAGCGCUCUUCAGGACCAGGCUGGGCGCAAGAUGACCGCGAUCCCUCACAACGCCCCUGGAUCGCACCUUGACUUCCAACUUUCCCCGACCAUCACCGCCUUCGGUGCAUUCAGCGUUCUGAACAAGAAGUCUGGCUCCGCUGCCGUCGAGACCCUGAACUCGGAUGGCUUGAUGGACCUGCUUUCUGCCGACUUUGCUCGCGCUUUGAAGGAAUUUGCCAUGGUGAUGAACGAUCUUAAACGUCUGUCGACGCUUGGUGACCUCCCGAUCAUGCUUCAUGAUCGAUCCAUCAUUCGCAUCCGGUUCCCUGGCUGUGAUGCGGACACCGUUGAGCGCUUAUGCGACGAGGUGGGUGUUCAAAGAGGCCGCAUUGUGCAGGACGAAGACUUCGAACUUCGCACUGGCGCAGAUCUGGCUCUUCUGUUCCCCUUCGCCCCCAGCGUUGCCCCGUCGUCCGAUACAGAGUAUUUCUUCGAGAAAGCUUCACUUCACAAGACCCAGUAUUCCGAUGAUCUCGACUGGCAUGGCAUGAUCACACCGGAAAGUCCAUUCUCAAAAGACUCUGGUCUCGAUUCCGGUCCUGCUAUCAGCUUUGACGACAAGGAGUUGUUCGGCAGUAACCCUUGGAAAUCCUCGUCUUCGUACUCAAGCAUCAACGUCAGUGAGCUUGGUGAUCGAGCGUAUUUCCAAGAACUCUCGAGCGCUGGUCUGCCGGAGAGUUCAUCCGAGUACGACGGCGCCGGGGGAAUUCACAGGUUCCUGGCUGAAUGUGAUCGCGCUCGACGUUGA